AUGUUUUCACCUCCUGUGAGCAGUGGGAAAAAUGGACCAACUUCUUUGGCGAGUGGACAUUUUACUGGCUCAAAUGUAGAAGACAGAAGUAGCUCAGGGUCCUGGGGGAAUGGAGGACAUCCAAGCCCAUCCAGGAACUAUGGAGAUGGGACUCCCUAUGACCACAUGACCAGCAGGGACCUUGGGUCACAUGACAAUCUCUCUCCACCUUUUGUCAAUUCCAGAAUACAAAUGUUCACAAAGGAGGACGGGUACAGAUGCCAGAGAGACACAGAAAUUUCCCAGGGGAGAAAGAAGAAAUACAAAAGAAAUCAGGAUCAUGCUGAAACAGGUAAAACAGAAAGGGGCUCAUACUCAUCUUAUGGGAGAGAAUCAAACCUACAGGGUUGUCACCAGCAGAGUCUCCUUGGAGGGGACAUGGAUAUGGGCAAUCCAGGAACCCUUUCGCCCACCAAACCUGGCUCCCAGUACUAUCAAUAUUCUAGCAAUAACCCCCGACGGAGGCCUCUUCACAGUAGCGCCAUGGAGGUGCAGACAAAGAAAGUUCGAAAAGUUCCUCCAGGUUUGCCAUCUUCAGUCUACGCUCCAUCAGCAAGCACUGCCGACUACAAUAGGGACUCACCAGGCUACCCAUCCUCAAAGCCAGCAGCCAGCACUUUCCCUAGCUCCUUCUUCAUGCAAGAUGGUCAUCACAGCAGUGACCCUUGGAGCUCCUCCAGUGGGAUGAAUCAGCCUGGCUAUGGAGGAAUGUUGGGCAAUUCUUCUCAUAUUCCACAGUCCAGCAGCUACUGUAGCCUGCAUCCACAUGAACGUUUGAGCUAUCCAUCACACUCCUCAGCAGACAUCAAUUCCAGUCUUCCUCCGAUGUCCACUUUCCAUCGUAGUGGCACAAACCACUACAGCACCUCCUCCUGUACGCCUCCUGCCAACGGGACAGACAGUAUAAUGGCAAAUAGAGGAAGCGGGGCAGCAGGCAGCUCCCAGACUGGAGACGCUCUGGGGAAAGCACUUGCUUCGAUCUAUUCUCCAGAUCACACUAACAACAGCUUUUCAUCAAACCCUUCAACUCCUGUUGGCUCUCCCCCUUCUCUUUCAGCAGGCACAGCUGUUUGGUCAAGAAAUGGAGGCCAGGCCUCAUCAUCUCCCAACUAUGAAGGACCCUUACACUCUUUGCAAAGCCGAAUUGAAGAUCGCUUGGAAAGACUGGAUGAUGCGAUUCAUGUUCUCCGGAAUCACGCAGUGGGCCCGUCCACAGCUGUGCCUGGUGGGCACGGGGACAUGCAUGGGAUCAUUGGACCCUCUCAUAACGGAGCAAUGGGUGGCCUGGGCUCAGGGUAUGGAACCGGCCUUCUUUCAGCCAACAGACAUUCACUCAUGGUUGGGGCCCAUCGCGAAGAUGGCGUGGCCCUCAGAGGCAGCCAUUCUCUCCUGCCAAACCAGGUUCCAGUUCCACAGCUUCCUGUCCAGUCUGCAACUUCCCCUGACUUGAACCCACCCCAGGACCCUUACAGAGGCAUGCCACCAGGACUACAGGGGCAGAGUGUCUCCUCCGGCAGCUCUGAGAUCAAAUCUGAUGAUGAGGGCGACGAGAACCUGCAAGACACGAAAUCUUCCGAGGACAAGAAAUUAGAUGACGACAAGAAGGAUAUCAAAUCAAUUACUAGGUCAAGAUCUAGCAAUAACGAUGAUGAAGACCUGACACCGGAGCAGAAGGCAGAGAGGGAGAAGGAGCGGAGGAUGGCCAACAAUGCCCGCGAACGCCUGCGGGUCCGAGACAUCAAUGAGGCUUUCAAGGAGCUCGGGCGCAUGGUACAGCUCCACCUCAAGAGUGACAAGCCCCAGACCAAGCUCCUGAUCCUCCACCAGGCCGUGGCCGUCAUCCUCAGCUUGGAGCAGCAAGUCCGAGAAAGAAAUCUGAAUCCGAAAGCAGCCUGUCUAAAAAGAAGGGAGGAAGAGAAGGUGUCCUCGGAGCCUCCCCCGCUCUCCUUGGCUGGCCCGCACCCUGGAAUGGGAGACACAUCAAAUCACAUGGGACAGAUGUGAAAGGGUCCAAGUUGCCACAUUGCUUCAUUAAAACAAGAGACCACUUCCUUAACAGCUGUAUUAUCUUAAACCCACAUAAACACUUCUCCUUAACCCCCUUUUUUGUAAUAUAAGACAAGUCUGAGUAGUUAUGAAUCGCAGACGCAAGAGGUUUCAGCAUUCCCAAUUAUCAAAAAACAGAAAAACAAACAAAAAAAGAAAGAAAAAAAGUGCAACUUGAGGGACGACUUUCUUUAACAUAUCAUUCAGAAUGUGCAAAGCAGUAUGUACAGGCUGAGACGAAGCCCAGAGACUGAAUGGCAAUCUUUCCACACUGUGGAACAAUGCAUUUGUGCCUAAACUUCUUUUGGAAAAAAAAAAAAAUAUAAUUAAUUUGUAAGUCUGAAAAAAAUAUUUAAUUUAAAAAAUUGUAAACUUGCAAUAAUGAAAAAGUGUACUUCUGAAGACAACUACAUGAACGUUUUUGUUGGUAUUCAAGUCAGCUAGUGUUUAUAAUUACUGGAUACUGAAUAGGGGAAGCGCGGCUGCCCUAGUAACAAAACCAGCAAACGUCCUGACGACAACGAAGUGAUGACAUUAGCCAUUCCUUAGGGUAGGAGGAACAGAUGGAUCUUAUAGACCUAUGACAAAUAUAUAUAUAAAUAUAUAUAUAAAUAUAUAUUAAAAAUUUAGUGACUAUGGUAA